AUGGCGACCAUCUCAACCACUCCGGUACAAACAAACGUGCAGAUGCUUGAGCGCAUCGGUGCACACUCUCACGUUCGAGGGCUGGGUCUCGACGAGCGCCUUGAGCCGCGCGAUAGUGCGCAAGGCAUGGUGGGCCAGCACUCAGCUCGUAAGGCUGCUGGCAUGAUUGUCCGUAUUGUUCAGAAUGCGAAGAUUGCUGGACGCGCUGUUCUUAUUGCUGGUCCCCCUGGUACUGGUAAGACAGCUAUUGCUAUGGGCAUGGCGCAAACACUUGGCUCGGAUGUGCCAUUCACGAUGUUGUCUGCGUCUGAAGUGUUUUCUCUGGAAAUGAGUAAGACUGAGGCACUUAUGCAAGCGUUCCGUCGCUCAAUUGGUGUUCGCAUCAAAGAGGAGGCCGAAAUUAUUGAGGGCGAAGUGGUGGAAAUUCAAAUUGAUCGAAGCCUGACGGGUGCUACGAAGACGGGCAAGAUCAUUAUUAAGACCACGGAUAUGGAAACAGUGUAUGAGCUGGGUAACAAGAUGAUUGAUGCUCUCCAAAAAGAGAAGGUCACAGCGGGCGAUGUCAUCACCAUUGAAAAGUCAAGUGGACGCAUUACCAAGCUGGGUCGUAGCUUCGCUCGUUCUCGUGACUACGAUGCUAUUGGCAGUGACACUAAAUUCGUCCAAUGCCCUGAGGGUGAGCUGCAGCGUCGCCGUGAAGUCAUGCACACUGUGUCGUUGCAUGAAAUUGACGUCAUCAACUCGCGAACGCAAGGCUUCCUUGCGCUUUUUGCGGGUGAUACAGGCGAAAUCAAGCCUGAGCUUCGUGACCAAAUCAAUGCGAAAGUGGGUGAAUGGCGUGAGGAAGGCAAGGCAGAAAUCAUUCCUGGUGUUUUGUUCAUUGAUGAGGUGCACAUGCUGGACAUGGAAUGUUUCUCAUUCCUGAACCGCGCACUUGAGUCGGAACUGGCACCCCUUGUGGUUAUGGCCUCCAACCGCGGUCAGACACGCAUUCGUGGUACGCGUUUCACUAGCCCGCAUGGUAUCCCCAUCGAUCUAUUGGAUCGUAUUUUGAUUAUCAGCACCAAGCCUUAUACGGAGACAGAAGUGCGCGAGAUUUUGUCGAUUCGUGCACAGGAGGAGGAAGUUACCCUUAAGCCCGAAGCUCUGGAUGUACUUACGCGAAUGGCCAUGGAAACUUCGCUGCGUUACACCAUCAAUCUUAUUACUACCGCUUACCUCGCCGCCAAGCGGCGAAAGUCCGAUGAAGUGGAUGUGGCUGAUGUUCGCCGUGUUUACAAUUUGUUUGUGGACGAAAAGCGUAGUGUACAAUAUCUUCAAGAACAUGCUGCCGAGUUCCUCAGUGAAGAGGUAGCCUAA